AUGGCUACGGUCAAUUUCAUCGCUCGUGGAGAUGACAUCAUCAUGGACACGGCGCGCGAAGCCCUAAUCGACAUUCAACCCAAAGGCUUUUUCAUACGUCCACCUCCAACACCGCAUGAGCUGGACGAGACGCUGACCCCGGACGCCCGUCUCUUCCAAACCAUCCACAUGGGAACUGCACUGGUAGACACGAGUCGCUGGAGACUAGUCCUCGACGGGCUUGUCGAGCGUCCGUUCUCCAUCAAUCUGGCACAAUUACGACAGAUGCCUGCUAAGUCAGUUAUCUCGUUCCACGAAUGCUACGGAAGUCCGCUCAACCCUCCCCCGACUAAGAAUGUGUGGAGAAUUGGCAACGUGCAAUGGACGGGGGUCCCGUUGCGGGAUUUCCUCUUGCUUGCGCGGCCACGUGCUGGUCGAGGGUUAUUUGUUUGGUCGGAUGGGUUGGACUCGGGGACGUUUGCUGGGGUCGAGGUAGAGCGGUAUCAGAAAGACUUGCCGAUUGAGAAGGCCCUGUGUUCGGAGGUUCUGGUGGCGUACGAGAUGAAUGGGCAGCCGUUGAGUGAGAAGCGCGGUGGGCCGGUUAGACUCGUCGUGCCGGGAUGGUUUGGGACUAAUUCUACAAAGUGGUUGUGUCGUUUGUCGGUGCAGGAGGUCAGAGCUAGAGGACCGUUCACGACCGUCUUCUAUAACGAACUUGAUCCGGUGGGUUUGGAGGGUAACCGUACCCGGCCUGUGUGGGCGGUUCAGCCGAACUCGAUCAUUGUACGACCUCGUCCACAGGAAGCGUUUGUCUGUCCUGCUUACGUGGAGGGCUGGGGACGGGCAUGGGGGGCAGAAGAGAUCGCGCGCGUCGAGAUCAGUCUGGACCAGGGAGAUAGUUGGAUUGGGGCGAGCGUGGCACCGCGGAAGCAGUUUGAGUGGCAACUGUUUCGCUUCCAGAUGUCUAUCACCCAUCCUGGCAGAUAUCAUAUCAUGGCUAGAGCGACAGAUAAGCGAGGUGCACGACAGCCGCUGGUAGGCAGUCGAAACCAUGUGCCAACGGUACAGAUUCAAGUAUCUCCUUCGGGGACUAGGCCUGCAGAUAUGGAUAUGAAACUAACUCAGGGGAAGGUAUAG